AUGGCGGGUAUCCUUGACGCCAUCUUGAGGGGUCUAGGUGGCGAGGCUCGCUCUCAGGUCAAAUCCGCGGACGGCCAGCAAAAGAUCACUCAACCCUCCACUACCACUUGCAGCAAUACCUCCAAACAUGUAUUGAACACUUCCAACGAGACCAUGCAAUCCAACCAAGGCCCAGCCUCUCCGGUCAGAGCCUCCUCUACCAUUCCUUUCGAGAUCGAAACCACCGACGUUCCCUCGAUCAUGACUCCCGUUCGAGUGAUCUCUUCCUCCAGCAGGAUCACACACAGCACCCCUCGCGAUUCGUCGGCGGAAGCUGCAAAUGUGUCCUCUCUCUCGGCUGUCGAGCUCUCAUUUGGUCCUCAGCCCAUCCCCUUCGUCUACAAUCGAGACGGCCACCUGAAGAAUAUCCAAUCCCAACCCUCUGUUCUUGUGGGCAGCGGUCCCAUUCGAUCCGCUGCGCUUACCCCUCGACAACCCGAGACGGAGAUGCAAAUCCCACACCAGUCUCUUGAAGAGGGCGAAAUCGGCCAACAUAGCGAUUCUGAAGCCGAGCAUCCCGUCUCUCCAAAGCAAGAGCUCAGUUCGUGGCGUAAAGCUCAGUUGAGAUACCGCAAGACGCCUUCCCUCAUCCCUGGUACGGUCCUUCGACCAAUUGCGACCCUUCAUGGACCUUCGAACCUUCCAUACGCGAGAAACCCCAGUGGCAUCGAUGCGACAAUUCAGGAUGAUUCAGUCCUCUCACACGUCUGGGCUCAGGCACUUCAAGUACAGACUCGGAGCCGUGACUUCCGCUCAACUCCUGUAGAAUUGAUGCCUUCACGCGAAUCCGCUCAGGUCAGACAGACCGCUAGGCCUGUGAACGUCUCAGCCAACGUGGGUCAUGCACAGCAGUCUGUCACGCCGGAGAUCGUCGCCGACUUUGUUCCUCAAAGCAGUGCCAAGGCGUCACGCUCUGUGACCCAUAGCCCGGCCCGUUCUGAGCUCACGAACUCGGUUAAAUCUACUCAGUCGGCUCCUGUCCCCCCUGCUUCAGCGAUUCUAAGGGCACAGCUCGCCCCACCCGCACCGCCCAGGCUUGAACCUAUCCCUGGCUCCCCUUCGAAGGAGACGCCUGGCAGUGCCAGUGCCUCAACUCCUGUCACUAAGUCUGGCGCAGAUGCAAAUAAGGAGAACAUUCCUCCACCCAAAACCGGUAGCCAAAGUAUUCAACGAACAUCACCCUUGGGCCCCGUUGAGGGGACAAAUUUUGGCAACACUCAGCGGAUCCCUUCAAACGAGACGACCCAAAGUCACCAAAGUGGCGGCUCUGGUGGUACUCACUCCACCUCGAGAACUUCGAUGUCUGUCCCCGUCACCCCUGGCCAGAUCGGUAAGGCAGAUCGGAGCGACAAUUGGCGUGACCGCGUACCUGAGCUCGAGCCACUUGGACCUUCGAUUGUUGUCACCACGCCGAAUAAGUCUCAAACUCCAGUCCACGCUCUCGAGAGCUCCUCGACCCAAGGCGUCAUGACCAUUGAUUCGUUGUUUGAGCGCUACAGCGGAAAGAGCUCGGACUCCGCCCCAAUUGUCACCUUUAAGCCCCCGACGCCGUCUAAAGCAAGCUCCAGGGAGUCAACUGCCUUGCCGCUGCCUAUGACUCCUCUGAUCUCCACUCCCCCUCCUCGAGCCCCACUCGGGGAAUCUUCUGAUAACCAGGCCAAUACCGAAACUGAGAACAUCUCCCGAUCACUCAGCCGGAAGCAGACCGAGCCAUCGAAUGACCGUUCUCCGACCCUAGCCAAAGCUGAGGCUUCUAGCACCCGUGGCACUCCCAAUGCCGGCAGAUUGCUCAAAAAGGGCAAGGAUGCUGGUACGAAUGACAAGGCUCAAGGAUCUGAGAUGAGCAGAACAUCGAAGGACCGAGUAUCCGCUAGAAGUAAAGGCAAGGGUCGAGUCAAAGCAGCUCCGGCUACCGGUGCCGCUUUAAACUCGACCUGA